AUGGGUCGUGGAAAGAUUGAGAUAAAGAAGAUAGAGAACUCAACAAACAGGCAAGUCACUUACUCCAAGAGAAGAAAUGGUAUUAUCAAGAAAGCUAAAGAGCUUACUGUUCUUUGUGAUGCUAAGAUCUCACUCCUCAUGCUCUCUAGCACCAGGAAAUUUCAUGAAUACACCAGCCCCAACACUACGCAAAAAAAGAUGAUUGAUCAAUAUCAGAGGACACUUGGGGUUGAUAUUUGGAGCACUCACUACGAGAGAAUGCAAGAAAAUUUGAAGAGAUUGAAAGAGAUCAAUAACAAGCUAAGAAGAGAGAUAAGGUAAUAGUAGGAUCAUUAACACCGUUUUUUUAUUUUUUAUAUU